CUCUUCUUCUUCCUCUUCUUCUUCUUCUUCUUCUUCUUUAGAUAAUUUUAUUAAUAAUAAUAUAAUUGUUUAUAUUAGGCACUUUUAACGCGCGUUAGGUGUUUUAAAUAUUAAUAAAAUGAAAUGUAAAGUCGAUGAUGUUGUUUUGCAAACAACAGCAAUUGUAGAAACAGAAAAAUAAUAAGAAUUUUGAGAUCCCUCCGACGAGAGAUGUCCGAUUUGCGAUUUACUAGACGCUUACACCUACUAAUUCGUGACACCGUACAGAACGGAUGCUGUCAUGCUACUGGACGAGAACCUAGCCUUUGCAUGCAGUGCCACCUAUGAUUUUCUCUGGCGCAUGCGCAGUGCGACCUUACGUGGCAUCGGCAGCAGUUAUUCUGGACAGAGGAGUGGAUGUUCUUCGUUUAAGUGUAAACAUUCGAGUGAAGAUAUUAAGUUUUGUUAUGAUUUAAAUGCGUUUAAUCACGUAAGUGGGCAUUUAGAAACUUAAAACAUACGAUAAUUCUCUCAUUCUACUGAUCGUACUCGAUUUUGCAAGACGUAACUAACGCAACGUAUAGGUUAUAUUACAACGUGAGAAAUGUCUGGGCCAUCUAUUAAAGGGCAGCAGUAUCCCCCCAUACCAAGACCGCCAAAUCCAGGACAUCACUAUUCAGAACCACCUAAUAUCAAUGCGCCACCAUUACCUGGUCAACCAAACAUGUUUCCACCACCGUUGUCGAAUCAACAGAAUUAUAGUAAGCCACCGCUUACCAUGAUGGGACAACAGAAUUUUUCUGGCUUGCCAUCGUCUGGAUAUCAAAUGCAAUCCAACAUUCCACCUCCGAUGACAAAUACAUCUGGUCCACCAAAACCUCCUAUGUAUUCUAUGCCACCUACUACUCAUGGACAAUUAUCGAGCUCUCCUGUUCCAAAUCAGCCUCCAAAAUGUCUCAGUCCUAUGUCGGAUAACAAUCGAAAUAUGCUGUCUAAUGCUUCUGCUUCGUUGUCAUCUAAUAGUCAAAAUUUAAUGUCUAAUACGGCAUCAGCAAUGCCACCUACCAGUCAAAAUUCAAUGUCUAAUGCUUUGCCACAUAUGCCGCCUAGCAGCCUAAGCAUGAUGUCUAAUAUUUCGACAAAGAUGCCACCUAGUAAUCAGAAUCUAAUGUCAAAUAUGGCACCUCAAAUGCCACCAAGUAAUCAAAGCACUAUGUCUAGUAAUUUGGCUCAAAUGCCACCGACUACUCAAAAUAUGAUUCCUAAUACUAUGGCACAAAUGCCACCAAAAAAUCAAAAUCUAAUCAAUGCUUCGCCUCAUAUGCCACCACACAGUUCUCCAAACAUGAUGUCUAAUGUUUCUCAUCAAAUGCCACCCAAUUCUCAAAAUUUAAUAUCUAAUUCUGGGUCCGAAGGACCACCCAGAUCACAGAGUAUGAUGUCUAAUACUGCUCCUCCAAUGCCACCCAGUUCUCAAAAUUUAAUAUCUAAUUCUGGGUCCGAAGGGCCACCCAGAUCACAGAGCAUGAUGUCUAAUACUGCUCCUCCAAUGCCGCCAAGUUCACAAAGUCUAAUGUCUAAUUCUGGAGCUGAAAUGCCACCCAGAUCGCAGAGCAUGAUGUCAAAUACUGCUCCUCCAAUGCCACCACCAAGUUCACAAAAUCUAAUGUCUAAUACUGGAGCUGAAAUGCCACCCAGAUCGCAAAGUAUGAUGUCAAAUACUACUCCGCCAAUGCCACAGAGUUCUCAAAAUCUUAUGUCAAGCUCUGGAUCUGAAAUGCCACCGAGAUCAUCUAAUACUGGUUCGCAAAUGCCACCAAGUACACAAAAUCUAAUAUCUAAUUCUGGGUCAGAAAUGCCUCCUAGAUCACAGAGCAUGAUGUCAAAUACUGCUCCUCCAAUGCCACCACCAAGUUCACAAAAUUUAAUAUCUAAUUCUGGGUCAGAAAUGCCACCCAGAUCUCAGAGCAUGAUGUCAAAUACUGCUCCGCCAAUGCCACAAAGUUCACAAAAUCUUAUGUCUAAUUCUGGAGCUGAAAUGCCACCCAAAUCACAGAGCAUGAUGUCUAAUACGAUGGCACAAAUGCCACCUAGUUCAACAAACCUUAUGUCUAAUUCUGGAGCUGAAAUGUCACAGAGAACGCAAGGUAUGAUGCCUAAUAUUUCGGCACAAAUGCCUCCCAGAUCACAAAAUAUAUCUAAUACUUCGGCUCACAUGCCACCAAGCUCACAAAAUAUGAUGUCUAGCACUAUGGCUCAAAUGCCACCAAGCUCACAAAAUAUGAUGUCUAGUACUAUGGCUCAAAUGCCACCAAGCUCACAGAAUAUGAUGUCUAACACUAUGGCUCAAAUGCCACCAAACUCACAGAAUAUGAUGUCUAACACUAUGGCUCAAAUGCCACCAAGUUCACAAAAUCUAAUGUCACACAAUGCUCCACCUUCAAUGCAACCUAGUUCUCAGAACAUGAUGCCAAGUGCUUUGGCUCCAAACCAUCCUCCUAUGUAUCCUGUAGAACAAAGUGGACAAAGUCAUAUGUCACCUCUACCUGGUUAUCCUAUGCAAAAAUCAGGACGAUAUCCUACUGCUCCUCCAAUGUCUGGGCAAGCAAUAACAAAUCCUAAUCUUAAUCGUCCAAUGCCUACACCUAUGACCAAUUAUCAACAAGGAGGUUACCCUCAACCAGGAUACCACAAUCAAACGGAUAUGUAUGGAAGUCAAAGAAGUCCUUAUCAAAGUGGUCCAAUGGGUUCUACAGAAAAUUAUCAAUCAGGCAUGCAAUCGCAACAAGCCAGACGUUUAGAUCCAGAUCAAAUGCCCAGUCCUAUACAAGUUAUACAAGAUGAUCAAUGUGCUAAAGGUGGUGUGUUUAUUACAAAUCAAAUAGGAUUAGUUCCACCAUUAGUUACUACCAAAUUUGUAAUACAAGAUCAAGGAAAUGCUUCUCCCAGAUAUAUUAGAUCAACAAUGUAUACUGUUCCUACAAAUGCAGAUAUUUUAAAACAGACAAUGGUCCCUUUUGCUUUAAUAAUAAAUCCAAUGGCACGUGCUGAAGAAGGAGAAUAUGAACCACCGAUUGUAGAUAUGGGUGAAAUUGGGCCAGUUCGUUGUGUAAGAUGUAAAGCAUACAUGAGUCCAUUUAUGCAAUUUAUUGAUGCUGGACGUAGAUUUCAGUGCAUGUUUUGUAGAGCCACAACUGAAGUUCCAGCUGAAUAUUUUCAACAUUUGGAUCAUAGGGGUCAACGUAUGGAUCGUUACGAAAGACCUGAAUUAAUGUUGGGAACAUAUGAAUUCAUUGCUACAAAAGAAUACUGCAGAGACAAUGUUUUACCAAAACCACCAGCAAUUGUAUUUGUGAUUGAUGUUUCAUAUAAUAUGAUUAAAUCAGGCUUAGUAAAUUUAUUAUGUGCAGAAAUGAAGUCAAUAAUAAAACAUUUGCCAAUUGAUGUGGAUCAAGUUAAAUCAAAUAUGAAAGUUGGUUUCAUAACUUACAAUAACACAGUACAUUUUUAUAAUGUUAAUCCUUGCCUUACUCAACCACAAAUGAUGGUUGUGGGUGAUGUCCAAGAUGUAUUUAUGCCACUUCUUGAUGGAUUUUUAUGUGACAUCGAUGAAAGCGAAGUUGUUAUUGAUAGCUUGAUGACACAGAUACCUGCAAUGUUUGCUGAUACACGUGAAACUGAAACUAUUCUUGCACCAGCGAUACGAGCUGGACUUGAAGCAUUAAAGGCUUCAGAAUGCGCAGGAAAAUUAAUAGUAUUUCAUUCGUCUUUACCUAUUGCCGAAGCACCAGGAAAAUUGAAAAAUCGUGAUGAUCGCAAGUUACUUGGUACUGAUAAAGAAAAAUCUGUAUUAGCUCCACAAAACAACGUUUAUAACAAUUUAGGACAAGAAUGUGUCGAUGCAGGAUGUAGCGUAGAUCUUUUUAUUUUUAAUAAUUCUUAUGUGGAUAUAGCAACUAUUGGUCAAAUAUGUAGGCUUACUGGAGGUGAAGUUUAUAAAUAUACGUAUUUUCAAGCUGAUGUUGAUGGUGACAGAUUGGUAUCAGAUAUUAUUACCAAUAUCAGUAGACCAAUUGCUUUUGAUGCACGUAUGCGUUUACGUACUUCUACGGGUGUCAGACCUACUGAUUUCUAUGGACAUUUCUUCAUGUCAAAUACCACAGAAAUGGAGUUGCCUAGUAUAGAUUGUGAUAAGGCUGUUGCUGUUGAAAUUAAACACGAUGAUAAAUUAGCUGAAAACGAAGGUGUAUAUAUACAAGCAGCUUUAUUAUAUACUUCUUGUGGUGGAGUUAGAAGAUUACGUAUUUUAAAUCUCAGUUUGAAGAAUUCUUCUCAAAUAACUGAGUUAUAUCGUACUUGUGAUCUAGACGCUAUUGUUAAUUAUUUCUCCAAACAAUGUGUUUUCAAAUUAAUCGAAUCAACACCAAGAGCUGUCAAAGAUAAUUUGAUUUCUAGAUGUGCAAACAUGCUAGCAGCUUAUAGGAAAAAUUGUGCUAGUACAUCUAAUGCAGGUCAAUUGAUAUUACCAGAAUGUAUGAAGUUGCUACCAUUGUAUGUUAAUUGCAUAUUAAAAAGUGAUGCAAUAUCUGGUGGUUCUGAUAUGACUAUAGAUGAUAGAUCAUUUGUUAUGCAAGCGGUUGCUACAAUGCCUGUUUCAAUAUCUGUUGUUUACAUGUAUCCCAGAUUACUUCCUUUACAUGACAUUGAUCCAGAUAAUACAGAAUUACCACAAAUGUUACGUUGUUCUUUUGAUAAAUUUUCUGAAGAGGGAGCUUACUUACUUGAAAACAGUGUGCAUAUGUUCUUAUGGUUAGGCGUAGCGCUUUCUCCAUUAUGGGUGAAGGCUGUCUUUGAUGUAAUAUCUGUAAUUAAGGUUGAUACAGAUCGCACUUCACUGCCAAUAUUGGAUAAUCCAUUAAAUAAAAGAAUAAGAGAAAUAAUUGAUCAAGUAAGACAAGAGAGACACCGUUGCAUGAGGUUAACGAUAGUAAGACAAAAGGAAAAGUUAGAGAUGGUAUUACGUCAUUUCUUAAUAGAGGAUAGAGGAAAUGAUGGAAGUCCGAGUUACGUUGAUUUCCUUUGCCAUAUGCACAAAGAAAUACGAGAGCUUCUUAAACCAUAAAAAUAUUGAUUCGACAACGACAAAACAACCACCAACCAAUAUUGGAUUGUAAUAUGUUAACGUUUUGAAAACUUCUAUUAUUCCGCGUACGUCCAGCUGUGAUUCUUGUCAUGAGAUCUUGUUUUUUUUUUUUUUGUGUGCCAAGGAUCGAUCAAUUCGAGAUCACGAAUAUAAUUAUGGAAUUUGAUGAGAAGUUAGUGAGAAUUGUCACUCAUGAUAAUUCAUGGGUUUAAUUGUGUGUGUUGUAAA